AUGGGGGCUAAGUGUUUGGCUUCUGAACUAAGAUGUCCCGGGCUUGGAGCUCAAGUGAAGGCUGCAAAAGUCCUCGACUUCUCUGCAAACAAUCAAUCCAAUGAGCUUUCCCUAACUCCAGGAAGUGAUUUGAUGCUUGAAUGUCGGAGGCUCAUUAAAUCUGAUUCAAGGUUAGUGUUGUACAGAGUCAAGGACAGUUAUGCUUUCACUGAGACCAACAUGUCUGAUAUCUUGACAUACACCAUGAAGAAUGUCUUAUGCGGGACUCAUCUUAGUGUUGGCUGCAAGGAUGAAGCAAACACAAAACAAGGAAAAGUCAUUCCUGUUUCAGUGUCACCAUGUACCUCUGAUUACAUGAGCUUAGAAGCAAACAUCUCAAGUAAAGAUUCUAUUGUUCACCUGGGCAGCAGUGUUGUAUUCACUUGUUCACAUCAGGGAGGGCCAGGAUCUACACUGACUUUGUAUAGAGAUAGCCCAGACCAAGUUCUCCAACAGGCCUAUUCCCACAAUGAGCUUGUCUACACCAUGAGUAACAUCUCUUGUGGACUUCAUUUUCAGGUCUAUUGUAUGAUUGAUGAUUCCAGAGAUUUCCGUUCGAUUAAUGUUUCCUCUGAACCAUGUGAAGAUAAAAAUAUUACAUUUUCGGCUAAUGACAAAACCAGAGAAUUGGAUGUCCUUCCCGACAGUCUGGUACUUUUCAAAUGUGAAACUGACCUUUCCAAUGUGUCUGAGAUGUUUCUCUAUAACAACACCAUCAGCAAUGUCAUCAGCAAUGUCAUCAGCAAUGUCAUCAGCAAUGUCAUCAAUAAGGGCAUCAACAAGGGCAUCAACAAGGCCAUCAACAAGGGCAUCUCCCCUGGAAUUAUUAAAUUUUACUUGUCAGACUUUAGACCUGGCACAACCUUUUUGAUUGGCUGCUUUGUCAAAGCAGAACUGUUGACUUCCUACAGCGAACUACUAGUCACAGUGAAGCAAGACAACUGUUGUGUUGGAAUUCUUGUGGCAGCUGGUACAGCUCCAGUCUUAGUUCUUCUUGGUCUGUCCAUCUAUUUCAUUAUCAAGCACAGGCAGAAAAAAUUGCAGGAGAGUGCAGCUAAAAAAAUGUUCAUCGAUCAAGUCAGUGAUGAGAAAGCAAUGCUCAUCGACCAGGAAAUGCCCAGUGAUGAAAUGCCAGAGCCCCCACCUUUGGAAGAGAUCACCUCAAAGUCACAGUUAGAGUUUAUAGCCAGCUUAGAGAACAAGCUUUCAGGUUGUAGCCUGUACACACCAGCUUUCAUCUUGGAGAAAGCCCAGUAGACUUACUGUAUUACUUGAUUAGAUGAGCUUGUUUUAUUAAGUCAGCUAUUUGAGAACAGUGUUUUAGUAGUACAUUUUUUGGGUUUAUGUUAAUAUAUGUAGAUUGAAAGUACUUCUGCUAAACUAUUUAUCUACUUUUUAAAGAAUAAAUUUAAGUUUUUUAAAAGGUCUGUAUUUGUUAACUUUCCAAAGAAUUCUGUCAACAUUUUUUUUUAGUAUUAGACUUUGUAAUUUUGAAAAACAACUUCCAACAUAAAACAAAUUCCUAAUCCAUAAAUCUCUGAAAAUUGAAGGUCUGUAAAAUUCCUUAGCAGCAACUUUAGUUGACAUAAAUUUAUACAUUCAAAAACAUCCUGAAAUUAAAAUUAUUUUUUUUUUCAAAUUAUUUUCUAUUUUAGAAAUAAGAAUGAGCAAACAGGUUUUAUCGAGCCAAGAUUAUAUACCUUUGUUUAAAGAUUAAAGAAAGGAAGUCUAUUCAUAAUACUGAUUAAUAACUUAUACUGACUUAAGACUUAGAUCCUUUUAGGCCUUUCAGUGAAUAGGUUGGCUAUAUUUUUCCACAUAGAUUGUUCACAUGUGACAUCAACAAUCUCAUCUGUUCUAUGAAUUUCUAAGAAGAUUUGUUACCAUAUUAAACAGAAUUGACCCAAGAUAUGAAGUGAUUCUAUCUGAAAAAAGCUAAAAUUAAGUUCUCUGCCUAUUUAUCUUCAGUUUGUUUGGGAAACUGACUCAUCCUUCUUACUAACCUGUUUGUGAAUGAAUAGAGCUUUAUGGGAGACUUAAUAAUAUAGUUGAGAUAACUGUUUGUGAAUUAUGUAAAUUGUAUAUAGGCUACUAAAUAAUUGGAACAAGAAAAGAAUGCAACCAUUCAUGAAGAUAAGAAACCUAUGAAACACACAGCCUCAUUAAAAGAAUAAGUUACUUCAGAAUCUCUGAUUGAUAAUAACACUUUUGAAAUCAUCUAAGAAGAGGGUAGGACAGACUAUUGAAUCAAUCACUCCUUCCAUCUUUAAACAAUAUUUCCAUAGGAGUAGCAAUCCAAGGUGUUUUUUUUUUUAAACAACCAUCUUUUGUUAACUAAAACAUCAAUGACAUGCUACAUAAAACAUCUAUGACAUGUCACAUAAAACAUCUAUGACAUGUCACAUA